AUGUCAGUUCGACCCUAAUCUGCUUAAGUAGCAUCUGCUAAAAAUCAAGUUUCAGCAAAUUCAAAUUUAAAUCAUUAGAAAGGUAACUCAAUCGCUAACGGUCAAGUAAAUGCAGGAGGAGCAAGUUUAAAAAAUGGAGCAUCUACUUCCUCUCGUUAGAGAUAGUAAGCUUAAAGUCUCGCCAUUAAGCGCAAAAAGAAUUAAACUCCUUUUUCAUUUUAUAAGGAUGUUUGUUAGAAGCUUAACUGCAACAUGAACAACGCAAUCACACAUGGCUUAAAAGGGGAUGAAUUAAUUAUUAACGUUGAUAACUUAACUUCACCUGAUGUAGAUCCAAUGAGAGUUUUGCUAAGAGAAUGCGAGUUUUCUAUCAUUACUCUGACUGGAAAUAAAGAAUUUAACGAAGAAAAGUUUUAUUAAGAACAUGAAUAAAUCAUAUUUAAUUACCGCAAUUAAUCAACUAUUAGCAAUACUAAUAGCAUUUCAAAAAUAAAUUUACCUCACUAAAAUAAUUUUGGUAUGUCUUCUAAUGGAUUUUAAACAGUAGAUGAAAGAGGAAGAACUCUUAAUCAAGAUUUAGGAUAUAAUGAUGGGCAUUAAGGUGGUUUAACACCAUUAGGAAAUCACAACAGUUAGAAGUAAAGAAUAGGUGAUGCAUCAAACAAAAGCUAAAACAACAAGGAUAAUCUAGGAGGUUUUAAAAAGUUAUCGAAUGCAACUGCAGAAGGGAGCUAAAAUAUUAAAGAUGGAGCAAACAAAUCUAAAAAGCAGAAGAAGAAUUUUAGCAGUUAAACUUAGAGUUUUAAUUAAUUGAUGCAUUCAGUAGGGCUCAAUAUUGGAAGAGCUUCAACUUCGGAUGUUCAGCUUACAGUAGUGAAAAUAAUAAAUUUAAAUUUGAAAGCUGAAAGUUUAGCAGCAAUAUGCUAAGGACUAUAGAAGUCACAAACAGUGAAAGAGCUCUACAUUUAGAACUGUAAUUUAAAUUCUGAAACAAUAGAAAAAGGAAUGCUUCCAUAUAUUGGUGAAACUAGAUCACUAAAUUUGCUUGAUCUCUCUUUUAAUAAACUAGAUGGUUAAUCAGGAGGAUUAAUCGGUAAGCUUCUUUCUUCACACUCUAAAAAUAGAGAUGAGCACAUAUGGUUAUGUGGCCUUAGAGGAGAAGUUCCUGAAAAUAAUGUAAACCUAGAAGGUAUUUGUGAAGUCAAUUUAAUGGGAAAUUUAUUAACAGAUAGCAGCAUCAAAGAUUUAUGCUACUUUUUAUAAUAAGAUGGUUGGACACGUAAUAUAAAUUUACGUUUUAAUCGCAUCGGAGCUGAUGGUCUUGUUGAAUUAAACAAGAUGCUAGAUAAUAAUGAAAACCUAAUUAGCUUAGACAUACGCAAUAAUCCAGGUAUGACUCCUAAUGCAGAUGACUAUUAGAAAUAUGGCUAGUCAAUAAAAUUUAUUUCAAAGAGUAUUUUUAAUAGACUCCUCAACAAUAUUAAGGUGUUUAAAUAAAAACACGAUGAUAUGACAAGAAAGCAAUAAGAAUAAAUUAUUACAAACAUUUUAUAUGAAAAUAAUAAUUAGCUUCCUCCCAACAUUUUCCCUUAAAUUUAACAAGACGAAGCUGCUAUGAUGAUGAUGGCCUCUUAAAAUUAAUAGCAAUAGUAACAGUUACAACAUCCAAACCUUAUACCCCAGCAAUAAAAUUAUUUAGGUUAGGUACCAUAAUAGUAGUAAUAGUAGUAAUUACAAUUACAAUAAGAGUAAUUAUAUAUGCAAUAUUAAUAAUAAAAUUAAUAACAAUUAAUGUUGUAGUAGUAAUAGUAGCAAUAACAGGAUAUUAACUACCAGGCAAAUUUAUAAGGAUAAAAUUUGUAAUAGAUUCAGUAAGAAAUAUAGGCUUAGAAUGCUUAAAUGUAUGCUCAAUAAGCAGCAAAUAUACCUCAAGAGUAAUAGUAUAAGCACUUAGAAAAUUAAGAAGAUGAGUAUCAAGAUGAGGAUUAGUAAGAGAAAGAUUAGGAAGAUGGAAAUGAGGAGCUUUAAUAAUAAGAAGAAUAAGGUUAAGAAGAAUUACAUGCUGAAGAAGGAGAUGAAGAGUUAACUGAGGAGCAGCUAUUACUAAAAGAAAAACAAAAUUUUGUUUUGAGUGAGGAAUUUAUUGAAAUUCAAUAAUAAAAUUUCGCAAACGAAUAUGGAGAUAAUUAAGACUUUUUAAAUUUAACUCCUGAAGAGCAAGAAAUAGUUUUCUAACAAUAUCUUACUCAUCACUAACAGUAAUAUUUGCUUGAACUAGAAAAUGAAGAAUAAAUGGAAGGAGUUUAAGAGGUUCAAGAAGAAUAAUAUGAAGAAGAUGAUGAAGAGGACGAAAAUUAACCACACGAUAAUCAUUAUAAUGAAUAAUAGAUUUAUUACUAAUAAAAUGAAGCAAAUAAUGAAAUCCAUGAGGUGGAUGCAUUAAAAAAAAAUAGUAAAGUCUAAAAUUAAGAUUUUGAUUAGAAUAAAGAUUAAGUAGAAUUUCAAGAGAACGAACAUGAUGAAGAAGUUACAGAAAAUAAUUAAAAUAUUGAAGAUUUUCCUUAGGAAAUUGAAGAAGAAGAGUAUGAUGAAGAGAAAAUAAAGCAAGUUAUGGAUUAAAUCUAUUAAAAUUAAAAUUUAGAGCAAAUCGUUGAUAAAAAUUGUAAAUGUUGCCUGCAAUUACAAGAUAAAAUACUUUAAUCUGAAUACGAAAAACUGAUUAUACUUAUUAAGUGGAAUAAUUGCAAAGUUCGCUUGCAGUAAAUCGAAAAACAAAAUGACUCUUAAAAAGCAAGCUUAAAGCAAUAAAUUUAAUAACUACAGUUAACAGCUUCAUAGCAGAAUUAAUAAUUGUAGCAAUAGCAAAUAGCUAAUAGCUGGUCUGCAAUAUAACCUAACACUAUGGAUUAAGAAAAUAAUAAUUUAAUAAUGCAUCCUGAAAGCUUUUUACUUGGAGGUAAGCCCUAACAGUAGCUAGCCAUGAAUGCAAAUCCUUAAGGAAACGAUUAAAAUGAGGGAGAAGACAACAUGUUAAACAGGAUUGAAGGUCUGAUGACUGAACUAACACGCCUUAUGGAUAAUUUAGAAAUAAUGUAAAAUAAUGUGACUAACAAUAUAACUUGCUAAUUAUCAAAUACCACUAAUACUAAUAAUCAAACUUACCAUCUCCUUAACUCAAAUCCUAAUAUUAACUUUAACAAUACUUUCACAAAUAUUUUAGGAGGAUCCCAUAAUAAUUCAAACAUUUUACCUAGAAAUGCUAAUUCCAACCUUUUGAACAAUUUAAAUCAGUAAACAAUUAUUUAAUAAUAACAAACCUCCACCUUUGUUCCAUCACAAUCUUCAAAUAAUAAUACUUAAAUAUAAUAAGUAUCUUCUACUUAAAGUGGAUAAAAAAAAUAGAAAAAGAAUCCUUAAAGGUAAAUUGUAUAGUAGUAAUACUACUAAUAACAACAAUAAUAACCUUAAUAACUAAUUCAAGCAUAGCAGUAGUCACAACAAUAAAAAUUUAGUGGACACAAUAACUCUAGAUGA